AUGUUCGUUGGUAACUCUUGGGCUCACGUUCUCACGUUCGCCUGCUCUCUGGGCACCAUUGGUGUGCUCGCGGGACCGGUGCAGGCGCCUGACUUGGUCUUGCCGUCGUUUGCCGUGGAAGAGUACGCAUGGGGACAUGAUGAUCUCAGUCCCGUUAGCAUGAGCUAUUCUGACGCCUACGGAGGUUGGGGUGCUACAAUUGUGGACGCUCUUGACACCAUUGAUAUCUUCGAGGAGGCACUCAACUUUACCCUCUCCGUUGAUUUCUCGACCACGCCUACAGAUGACGAGAUUGACUUGUUCGAGACUACCAUUCGAUAUGUCGCGGCGUGCCUCACCACCUAUGAGCUCAGUGGCUACCAAUAUCCUGGCCUCGUGGAGCAAGCCAAGGUGCUCGUAGAGAAGAUGGCCUUUGCUUGGGUUGGGAAUAACUCGGUGCCUUACGGCUAUAUGAACUGGAAUGAGACAACUCCCAUUGUGGGAACGGUGCGGACGCUGAAGUAUCUUGCAAUUAGCAAUUUAACGGGAAACAGCACAUACCGCUAUCUAGCAGAGAAAUCUGUCAUCUACAUCGCGAACUUGCCCCCGCCUUUGCCAGCGCUGCCUGCUCAGGGUAUCGAUCCCACGACUGGAGAGUUCGUAGGAGAGUACGUGAGCUGGGGAGGUGGCUCCGACAGUUACUUUGAAUACCUGAUCAAAUGGGCGCGCCUCUCAAACACGGACAAUGAUAUCUUCGCAGAUGCUUGGGCUUCAGCAGUCGACUCUUCCAUCUGGAACCUUGCCAGGACCUCAACGGUGGAUGACUGGCAGUAUGUGGCGGACUGGGAUGCCGGCACGAUCAUUCACAUUGGGUCUCAUCUGGAAUGCUACUUCGCUGGUAAUUGGUUGCUUGGCGGUCGCCUGCUCAACAAUGAGACAAUCGUCAACUGGGGCCUGGCUCUCAUGGAGUCUUGCUGGAACACCUAUGCGAGUACUGCCACUGGCAUCGGCCCUGAGUACUUCGGGUACUUCUCCUCCGACGGCAAUUACACCGGCUCCACGCCCUCCGACGGCGACAUCGCGUUUUACGAGAAGCAUGGAUUCUUCGUGUAUCCCGGAGAAUCGGACUACUACCUGCGCCCGGAGGUGCUCGAGUCCAACUUCUACGCGUGGCGCGUGACUGGCGACCCCAAGUACGUGCAACGCGCCGCGGAUGCGCUCGACAGUUUCAUAUACUACCUGGCGGCGCCUUCCGCGUAUGCGGGCAUAGACGACGUUGACUCCACUGACUCGGCCUUCAUCGAUGACAUGCAGAGCUUCUGGUUCGCGGAGGUGAUGAAGUACCUAUUCUUGACCUUCAGCGAUCCGAGCGUCAUCAGCCUCGACGAUUAUGUCUUCAACACGGAGGCGCACCCAUUCAAGGCUCCUCCCGCCAAAGCGGUCUACGGCAGUGGAACGUACCUUAACAGCGAUACAUCAGCGUUCCGUUCGGUGGAGAAGCCGCUGCCUGCUGUCAGUCCUGUGCCCGCUGCGGCAUCUGCUGCAGCGAACGUCGCUGCUUCGGCUUUAUCGCGUUGA